ACAAACGCACAAGCACAAAAGCGUAAUCUGGCCCUCGAGGGAACUCCCGCUACUAAAAAGAGUUCUCAACAAUCUGGAAUUAAAAGUUUAGUAAAACAUUUAAAUCGUCUUACACGCACCUCUAUUUAACUGAAUUGUUUGUAUAAAGGUUGAAUAUAAAGAAUUGUUAAUAAAAAAUUAGUCAUAACAGCAGAUAAGGAAAACUAGCAGCGCAUGCGCAGAUAAAGCUUUGCUGGCGUCCCGGCGCUAUAUAAGUGGAAGGUCGGAACUACUUGAUUCAUUUCUGUUCGUCUCGGGAUUCCUUGCGUACCUGAAACGAACAGUUGCGGCUUUGACGCCGAAGUAUUUUAUUUGUUGUUGUGAGCCAGAAGCAAAUCUAUCGUCAUGAGGGAAUGCAUCUCUGUCCACGUGGGCCAGGCAGGCGUGCAAAUUGGCAAUGCCUGCUGGGAGCUCUACUGCCUGGAGCAUGGCAUUCAGCCGGACGGGCAGAUGCCCAGCGACAAGACCAUCGGCGGGGGCGACGACUCCUUUAACACCUUCUUCAGUGAGACUGGGGCUGGCAAGCAUGUGCCUCGGGCUGUCUACGUGGACCUGGAGCCCACUGUGGUCGACGAAGUGCGCACCGGCACUUACAGGCAGCUGUUCCACCCAGAGCAGCUGAUCACGGGCAAGGAGGAUGCGGCCAACAACUAUGCCCGGGGCCACUACACGAUCGGCAAGGAGAUUGUGGACCUGGUGCUGGACCGGAUCAGGAAGCUGGCAGACCAGUGCACGGGCCUGCAGGGUUUCCUAAUCUUCCACAGCUUCGGGGGCGGCACUGGCUCGGGCUUCACCUCCCUUCUCAUGGAGCGCCUGUCCGUGGACUACGGCAAGAAGUCCAAGCUGGAGUUUGCCAUCUACCCCGCCCCCCAGGUUUCUACUGCUGUUGUUGAGCCCUACAACUCUAUCCUCACAACCCACACCACACUGGAGCACUCGGACUGCGCAUUCAUGGUCGACAACGAGGCAAUCUUCGACAUCUGCCGCCGUAACCUCGACAUUGAGCGCCCUACUUACACAAACCUCAACCGCUUGAUCAGUCAGGUUGUCUCUUCCAUCACCGCUUCCCUGCGCUUCGACGGCGCCCUCAACGUCGACCUGACAGAGUUCCAGACCAACCUGGUGCCGUACCCCCGCAUCCACUUCCCACUGGUGACGUAUGCCCCGGUCAUCUCGGCUGAGAAGGCCUACCACGAGCAGCUCACGGUCUCGGAGAUUACCAACUCGUGCUUCGAGCCGGCCAACCAGAUGGUGAAGUGUGACCCCCGCCACGGCAAGUACAUGGCCUGCUGCCUCCUGUACCGGGGAGACGUGGUGCCCAAGGACGUGAACGCGGCCAUUGCGGCCAUCAAGACCAAGAGGAGCAUCCAGUUUGUGGACUGGUGCCCCACUGGCUUCAAGGUUGGGAUCAAUUAUCAGCCGCCGACAGUGGUUCCCGGGGGCGACCUGGCCAAGGUACAACGUGCGGUGUGCAUGCUCUCCAACACAACUGCCAUUGCGGAGGCCUGGGCCCGCCUGGACCACAAGUUUGACCUGAUGUACGCCAAGAGGGCCUUUGUACACUGGUACGUGGGCGAAGGCAUGGAGGAAGGAGAAUUCUCAGAGGCCAGGGAGGACUUGGCUGCCCUGGAGAAGGACUACGAGGAAGUGGGCAUCGACUCUGCUGAGGGGGCCGAGGACGAUGGUGGGGAAGAGUUCUAGAGUCAUGUCUAGAGGAAGAUGCUUGCCCCCUGCCCUGGGCUUGGAAUAAAUGAGGCAGUUCAGAGUU